AUGGCGACGGCGAUGUCGGUUUCGGCAGUGACCCCGGCCGCCGCGGCGGUGGCGCGGCGGCGGACGAUGGUCUGCGUGCCGGCGACGGCGCGGGCGCCGCGGGAGAUGGCGGAGGAGCUGGCCGCCGCCGCCGCGCUCGGCGCCGACCUGGCGGAGCUCCGCCUCGACUGCCUUGCUGGGUUCGCGCCGCGCAGGGACCUGCCCGUCAUCCUCGCCAAGCCCCGCCCGCUCCCCGCCCUCGUCACCUACAGGCCCAAGUGGGAAGGGGGCGAAUACGAAGGCGAUGACGAAUCGCGGUUUGAGGCUUUGUUAUUGGCAAUGGAGCUGGGAGCUGAAUAUGUGGAUGUUGAGCUUAAGGUGGCUGACAAAUUUAUGAAACUUAUUUCUGGGAGGAAACCUGAUAACUGUAAACUUAUAGUUUCAUCCCACAACUAUGAGAGCACUCCAUCAUCCGAAGAACUUGCAAAUUUGGUGGCUCAGAUUCAAGCAACGGGGGCUGAUAUCGUGAAAAUAGCUACAACUGCUACUGAAAUUGUUGAUGUGGCAAAAAUGUUUCAAAUACUUGUUCAUUGCCAGGAAAAGCAGGUGCCAAUCAUUGGGCUGGUGAUGAAUGACCGAGGUUUUAUUUCUCGGGUUCUUUGCCCAAAAUAUGGUGGAUUCCUUACUUUUGGGUCUCUCAAGAAAGGAAAAGAGUCUGCACCUGCACAGCCAACGGCUGCAGACUUGAUAAAUGUGUACAAUAUUAGGCAGAUAGGCCCAGACACUAAGGUCUUUGGUAUCAUUGGGAAGCCGGUUGGCCAUAGCAAAAGCCCAAUUUUGCAUAAUGAAGCUUUCAGAUCAGUGGGUUUCAACGCUGUGUAUGUGCCAUUUUUGGUGGAUGACUUGGCUAAAUUUCUUAAUACAUACUCUUCACCAGAUUUUGCUGGCUUCAGUUGCACAAUUCCCCAUAAAGAAGCUGCUGUUAGGUGCUGUGAUGAGGUUGAUCCCAUUGCCAGGGACAUCGGAGCUGUUAACACAAUCGUUAGAAGACCUGAUGGAAAGCUUGUUGGCUAUAAUACUGACUAUGUUGGAGCUAUAUCUGCUAUCGAGGAUGGAAUAAGAGCAUUCGAACAAAGGGAUCCAGACACAUCACCACUGGCUGGAAGGCUUUUUGUUGUCAUCGGGGCUGGCGGCGCAGGAAAAGCACUGGCAUAUGGAGCAAAAGAGAAGGGAGCAAGAGUUGUAAUUGCAAACCGUACUUUUGCACGUGCACAAGAACUUGCCAACUUAAUUGGUGGGCCUGCGUUGAGUCUGGCGGAUUUGGAAAACUACCAUCCAGAGGAAGGGAUGAUUCUUGCAAAUACAACAGCCAUUGGAAUGCAUCCAAAUGUGAAUGAAACUCCUUUAUCUAAGCAAGCACUCAAAUCUUAUGCUGUUGUGUUUGAUGCGGUGUACACACCAAAAGAGACAAGACUUCUCCGAGAAGCUGCAGAGUGCGGAGCUACAGUUGUUAGUGGUCUGGAGAUGUUUAUACGGCAAGCUAUGGGCCAGUUUGAGCAUUUCACAGGCAUGCCAGUGGAUGAUUACAAAUUCCAAGCGAUUGCAAGUUCGUUGGACAACCGUAACACCAUGAAGCCUCGUCUGUGA